CCUGUCACUCACUCAGCUGGUCUAGGCGUGUCCUUGUGAAACUUCUCAGGUAUAUGUGGGUCCACUGCAGGAACAAAAAGUGUAGUGUCUUCUCUGCAUCUGUAAAGAGCCAAGACCUGGACUCACUGAAAGGAAUACAUGGAAGUUCACCCACUAGUGGAGGAUCAGCCAAGCCCUGGAGCUGAUUCUCGCCCACUCUGCUGAGAUAAGCACUGAGGUUCAACCACGCACCAGGACAAAGAUUAACCGGGGACACUCCGGGACAGUAAUCCCGAUGUCUGUUCUGAACUGUGAAUUUAAGGGUGUAAUAAUGGCAGAGUGGUGAAGGCAUGAAGCCCAUUCUUUAGAGCUUCUUUGGAGGUUCUAGCAGGGGAGCACAGCUACUCAUAUACCCUCAACCAAAGACCGAUCCCUUCUCUAUUCGGGGAAUGCCAUCCUCUUCGACCGAGUGCGAAGCUUCGGGAGGGACGCACUUGGAGCAAAGUUGAGAAGGAAGGAGGAGAUAGAGGAAGAGAGAGAAAAGAGACACCUGCUUCAUCACUUGUGAAACUUCUCCCAUGCAGCCAGCCUCAGUCAGCACCAUGUCUUCAGCCGAGCCCCUGACCGCGCUGUCCCGCUGGUACCUGUACGCCAUCCACGGCUACUUCUGCGAGGUGAUGUUCACCGCGGCCUGGGAGUUUGUGGUGAACUUUAACUGGAAGUUCCCGGGCGUGACCAGCGUGUGGGCGCUCUUCAUCUACGGCACGUCCAUCCUCAUCGUGGAGCGCAUGUACCUGCGUCUGCGGGGCCGCUGCCCGCUGCUGCUGCGCUGCCUCAUCUACACGCUCUGGACCUACCUGUGGGAGUUCACCACCGGCUUCAUCCUGCGCCAGUUCAACGCCUGCCCCUGGGACUACUCCCAGUUCGACUUCGACUUCAUGGGGCUCAUCACCCUGGAGUACGCCGUGCCCUGGUUCUGCGGGGCGCUCAUCAUGGAGCAGUUCAUCAUCCGCAACACCCUCCGUCUCCGCUUUGACAAGGACGCAGAGCCAGGGGAGCCCAGCGCCCCCCUGGCCCUGGCCAAUGGCCAUGUCAAGACUGACUGAAGGGGAACAACGGGGUGUGUUGGUGGGUGGGGCCCGGGGAGGGGUCUCUCACCACUCCUGUGAACAAAGGCACCAAGCUGGCGGGGCUGUCCCUUCUGAACAGCACAAGCCCUGUCCUUGCCAGCCAGGUCUUAGCCCAGGGGGUGGGGGGCGCAUACAGUCUCCACACCCCUCCCCCACAGUGUAGACAGGCCUUGGGGACAUGGUUAGUUGUCAGAGGGUGGAAUGGUCCAGGACUCGGGACCACCAUGGGGAGGGUUGCUGGCUGGUGGUGGGUGGCCUGUGGCUAAACUGUGACUGGAUUCCUGGGUGACUUUGGAAGCAGCAGGCCCUGUCUUGGCUAUGAGAGGAGAGAAGGGGCCAGAAGGUGGGACAUAAAGCCCGAGGAGGCUCUGGGCUGCUGCUGUGGCCACCUCCUUUCCUCUUACCCUGUCUCGCUGGGCUGUGACUGGCUCCGUUAGGCAAUAUUCAGGUGCUUGCUUGCAACCAAUACCUCCCCUGAGGAGAGACUCUAUGGCCAGGAAGCUUGCUUGGCAGUGGUGUGGUCUGCAAGGGCAGGGGUGCCUUCCCUUGGCUCCUCUCCCCAAUCCCAGGACCCCUUGCUGCUCCCUUAGCCUUCUGGAACAACCUCCCCUCUGGUGCUGGAUUCCCACCAACUUUAGGCUUUUGGAUGGUUCAGUCCCUGUAUGUUUAGUGCUGUUGCCCUUUCUCUCUGGUUUUUCAAGGCCUUGACUGCCCUCCCCCCCGACAGAUGGCCCCAUUGUCUAUGUCGAUUGACCCACAAAAACCCCUCCCAUCUCCCUGGCCAGCUUAGCAGCCACCAGCUAGAAAGGAGAGAGAGAGAGAGAGAGAGAGACCCUGCUGCCAUCCUGCAGCUUCCCCUCCACUGUUUUCUGCUGGCCUGGUGACUGGGACUGCCCUCCCCUAGCCCCCUUAUGCCUUCCCACUCUGUCUGCUGGGCUCAGGCAGUGCCCCUGGUGCUCUUCUUCUCCAUAUCCCUUCCCAGCAGUGGUCUAGCUGUAAACUGAUGAUACCACUCCCACUCCCCAACCUCUUACACACAGGCUGCGGUGGGUCCCAUGGACCCACAAUGGGUACCUAGUGACAAGUCAUUUCUGUGGGUGGGGAUUAGUCAACCAAUUUGGUUUGUUUUUCAAGCCAGUGGGAGCUUGGGGGGUGGGAUAGGGGAGCACUCUAGCUUCCCAGGAAAUGGAGGAGCAGGUCCCUAUUGUUGAAGACCCACAGAAAAUGAGGGAGAGUGAAAAGAGGAGGCCCUUUGGCUUUGAGAGUGUCUGUAGUGCAUGCUCAGUGGGAGGAAGGGAUUAUUCUGGUUCUGCCAUAGCUCCCUCCUCCCUGGACCCUGCAGCUAACCUCCUCAGGGUAGCACCUUUCCCCACCCACCCUCAUCGCCCCCAACAAGGCCAAUCCUUUGAAUCUCACCUUAAACAGUAUUAAUCCUGCCACAUUCACAAGCAUUGCCACCUCAGUUGCUCCCUGUGACGGGUCCAUUGCUGGCAGUAGACAGGCAACAUCCUCAUUCCAGCUUCCUCUUGCUCUACCUUCCACUCCCUGCUUCUUCCCCGGGGAAAAGACCUUUGCCACGGUACACAGCCUCUUCUUGACCAUGUUAGGAUCUUAGCUAGCAGUUAGCCUUUACUUCUUUUUUAGAUCAUUAAAACGUGUUGAUGCCUCGCUGUGCUGCCUCUCCUAGACUGCAUGCACAGCACCAGCCAGGGUGCAGGAUGCAGGGUGCAGGGUGCAGGGGCAGGGGUGCAGGGGGCUGGGGUGGACAGGAGUGGUGUCCCACAUUGGGAGAAAGGCUGGGAGCUUAGUCUUUGACAGGAUAAUCAUCUGCAGCUUAGUCUUCCCAGGCUGGGAUGAAGGGCAUUUGCCAAGCUGUGUCCUGGGUGGAUCCCUCACAUCCGGGAAUCAUUAUGCAAGGGACAUUCGACCAUACCUUUGCUGUGUUAUUGUGACUUGGGCUUUGGGGCUUCCAGGGAUUCAGGCUUCUAUUGGGGGGGGGGGGGGGUCUCAAUUGCUUCCUGUCAACAGCUAGAGGGGAAUCCAGAAGGGAACUCUUGUCUGACUUCCUUUUUUCCUUCUGGAUGAUUGUUCCAAGCUCCACCCACCCACAACUCCAUGUUGUCUCACUUUUCUGGAGCCUAACAGCCCCUCUAGGCCCACUUAUGGCCUCUGAGUCAGGUCACACAGCCCACCUUUGCUCUCCCUUUCCAUGACAAUCUGAUAUGCUUGGCAAAACCUCCAGCAUAAGGCCUACAUGGUUGUCAACCCAAGCCUGCCCUCAGAUGUCCCCCUGGGUCUGGCUUCACGUGCUGCCCUGCAGGCAUACCCUUCUCUGGCACUGUCUUCUCUCUGGGACCUACACAUCCCCGGGAGCAGGAGGCCCUGGGGUACCCCCUGCCUACCUGACAACACACAGAACAUGUUUGUGCUCUCCCUCAGGUGCCCUGUGGCUUCUGUUGGUCCAUAUGGAAGAUGCAGAGCCCCCACCCCCACCCCCUCAGCAAGGAGAGGUGAUGACCCAGGGCUCAAACAUAAGAUCUGGCUCUACAACAUAAGAUCAGGCUCAGAAUUCUGUAAGGUCAGCCCAGACAUCAGUCUUGCCUUUGUGGAUAUCUUCAAAGGCCCCAUCCCUGGUGCCCAGACACCCAAAAUUUGGGGUUAUCCCAACCAAGCUGGGGGCACUGGCGGGGAGAGUCUGCUCACCAUUUAUGAUCCUCUGGCCCCUCCACUGGCCAUGGCAGCAUCUUGGGGGUGACAGAUUGUCUUGUGCUGCCCUGCACAGUUAAACUGCUUCCAGCAUCCUGCCAGGCAGCCUGUCCCCCGUGCCCUGCUCCCUCUGAUGCCAGUGAGUCACAAUAGCCUUUGCUUAUUCACAGCAAUAAUACUUAGGGAGUGAAGUCCUCCCAUACCUCCUUUUGCAUGGGUUUCCUGGCAGGAAGGCAGCACUGAGUGGGUCAGGUCAGAAGCACCUGUAUUUGUGAAGUUCUGGGCUGUGGAGAUGCCUUCACAGAGGGUGCAGGGAGCAGAGAAGCCUGACUCUCGAGUUCUGACAAAGGUGGGACACACAUCUUCCACCCAGGACCUGGAGCAGCUGUGGGUUCCAGCUCUGUAAGAGGGCCUUUGAAGUGGGCAGGACUGCCUUUCUACUGCGGUGGUGUGGUGGGCAGUGGUGGCAGCAGUUUUUCUGAAGGACACUCGACCGGUUUGUGUGCCCAUUGCCUGCUCUGUCUCUGUUGAUCCCUUGUUUGUCUCUCCCUUUUCACAUUUGUGCACAUAAAAAUAUACUGGUGUUUGUGUUCCA